AUGCAAUAUGUGUAUUUAAUUAAAGAUUUUUCAAAUGAAUCACAUAUAGCAAUUUUUAUAGUGAAUGAAAUUAAAAAAGUUUUAUUAGAUAUUGGUGUUUAUAAAUUUGAAGCUGUAAUUUCUGAUACUACUUCUGCUAU